GGGAUUGGGAUUGGGGUUGGGAUUGGGGUUGGGGUUGGGAUUGGGAUUGGAAUUGGAAUUGGGUUUGGGUUUGGGUUUGGCAAGUGGGACCCUGAGGGUGCUACAUCGGCUGCGCACACCUUACAGCAACCUGUGUUUACCUUGCCUUCCGCUAUCAACGACCAUGUCUAACCUCCUGCUCUUUUCGGAUUCCCAGAUGCCAUACGACACAGACACGAGAGACUCGGGGGGGUUGACGGUGAUCCAGAUGCAUACCUCUGUAAGUCAAAGAAAUCGUCCGGACUGUAUAUAAGGUGGAACCCUUUCUCUUCCCCUCCAUCUCUGUUUGUUUCCCCCCUGCGUUCUCAUCUGCUUCCUUUAUUGUUAGGAUAUACUCUAGCAUUUAGCAGUUGCCAUCAUGCGCGCUGGAGGAAUCGUCAUCGGGCUGCUGUCCCUCGUGGGCGGCGCCCUUGCUAAGCCGGCAAUUGAGGUUUUUGAGUCUGUGAACGAGUUGCCCGAGGGCUGGACUCAAGUUCGCACCCCAGCUCCAGAGACAAUCGUCAGCCUGCGCAUGGCAUUGGUGCACCCGAACCAAGAACUCUUCGAGCAAACCCUCCUGGACGUGUCGACCCCCGACCACCCCAAGUACGGCCAGCAUCUCACCGGCGCUGAGCUGAAGUACAUGCUGAAGCCCCGCGACGACUCGACCGAGUCGGUCAUGACGUGGCUGGCGAGCUCGAACGUCCCGGCUGCCGAGAUCAAGAACGACGGGGAGUGGAUCAACUUCCGCGCCACUGUUGCGCAGGCUGAGGAGCUCUUGUCUACCAAGUUCUACGUCUACAAGCACAAUGAGGAUAACAAGGAGAUGAUCCGCACGCUCCAGUACUCCCUCCCAAGCUCAGUUGCGCCGCACGUCCUCACCAUCCAGCCCACCACCCGCUUCUCCAGGAUGAUGGCUCAGCGCAGCACCAUCCAUGACGUGAGCGCCAUGAACGCGGUAUUCGGCGUCGUUGCGACCAACAACAAGGCCCCUGCUAUUCCAUCCACCGAGCUAGACGUCAAGGCUUGCAACGCCUCCAUCACCCCCGCUUGCCUCAGAGCUCUCUACAACGUCGGAGACUACCAAGCCGAUCCCAAGGGCAAGUCUCUCUUCGGCGUCGCAGGCUACCUCAACCAAUACGCCAAGGUCAACGACCUGAACAACUUCAUCAAGAAGUACGCCCCCUACGCCGCCGGCGCAACCCUCAACUCCGUCGGCGUCAACGGCCCCGCCAACCCCCAAAACACCACCGAGGACGACGUCGAAGCCAACCUCGACGUCCAGUACGCGGUAUCCAUGUCCUACAACAUCCCCGUAACCUACUACAGCACCGCCGGCUUAGGCGAGCUCGUCCCGGAUCUCGACCAGCCCGACAAGGCCACCGGCCAGAACGAGCCUUACCUCGACUUCAUCACCUACCUCCUCUCGCUCCCCAAGGACAAGCUACCCCAGACAAUCACCACAUCCUACGGCGAGAACGAGCAGUCCGUCCCGCCAAAGUACGCGAAGAAGGUGUGCAGCAUGUUCGGCGAGCUCGGGCUGCGCGGUGUCUCUGUCCUUUUCUCGUCGGGUGACACGGGCGUCGGAUCCGCCUGCCAAACUAAUGACGGGAAGAACACUACGCGCUUCUUGCCUAUCUUCCCUGCUGCGUGCCCGUGGGUUACUUCCGUCGGGGGUACCUACCAGGUCCAGCCUGAGCGCGCGGUGUCGUUCUCGUCGGGGGGGUUCAGUGAUCUCUUCCCGCGCCCGAAGUACCAGGAUAAGGCUGUGAAGGGGUACCUGCGUAUCCUGGGUGAUAGGUGGAAGGGCCUUUACAACCCGGCUGGGCGUGGGUUCCCGGAUGUGGCGGCGCAGGGAUACAGAUUCCAUGUCAUUGAUGAGCUUGCCAAUAAGACCAACCCUGACAUUCUAGUCGGUGGCACCAGCGCCUCCGCCCCCGCCUUCGCCGCCAUAGUAGCCCUCCUCAACAACGCGCGCACCUCGCGCCACCUCCCUCCCCUCGGCUUCCUAAACCCCUGGAUCUACUCCAUCGGCUACCUGGGCCUGAACGACGUCACCCACGGCGGAUCGACGGGGUGCACGGGCAAGGACAUCUACUCGAAGCUGCCGACGCCGGUUGUGCCGUACGCGAGCUGGAAUGCGACGGAGGGGUGGGAUCCGGUUACCGGGCACGGGACGCCGGAUUUUAAGAGGUUGUUGGAGUUUAGUACGCCGGGGGCGGGGUGGAGGGGGAUUAGGAGGGAGUAGGGGGGAAUUUAGGUCGGGUGUAGCGUUUUUUUUGGAAG